ACUGUCAAAAUGUAUUAAAAUGUCAACUAAACAUUAAAGAAUUGUUAUUUUUAAAAAAAAGUUUGUUAAUAAAACCCCCCAAGUGGGUAUUUUUUUAAUUAAAACGUGUUCGCGUGUGUUAAUGAGCCUUGAACACGACGUUUUUCGCGACGUUUAAAAAGGCCAUGGCCGGCGAGGGUUCCUGCGGUAGCGCAAAUAAGCGUAAAUACAAGAUCUCCAGGCAGGAAUCUUCAAGAGCUGGUAAAGAUUCGGAUCAUAUUGAAGGUGAUCGGAUUUAUGGCAGCAAUACUCAUCAAAGGGGUGGUAUUAGGGUAUAUAAAAUCGUUGUUUUAGGUGAUGGGGGAGUUGGUAAAUCAGCUGUUACUCUCCAAUUUGUUAGUCAUAGCUUUUUAGACUAUCAUGAUCCUACAAUAGAAGAUUCUUAUCAACAACAAGCUGUCAUUGAUGGUGAACCAGCCCUUUUAGAUAUUUUAGACACAGCUGGACAAGUGGAAUUUACAGCAAUGAGAGACCAAUACAUGCGUUGUGGGGAAGGUUUCUUAAUUUGCUACAGUGUAACAGAUCGACACAGCUUUCAAGAAGCCUUGGAAUACAAAAAAUUGAUUCAAAAAGUUCGGGCAAGUGAAGACACCCCUUUGGUGCUAGUUGGAAACAAAUUUGAUCUUCAAAUGCAAAGAAAAGUAACCACAGAAGAAGGGAAAUCAUUAGCAAGACAAUUUGGGUGUCCAUUUUAUGAAACAUCGGCAGCUUUAAGAACGUAUGUUGAUGAUGCGUUCCAUACGUUGGUGAGAGAGAUAAGGGUGAGAGAACGGCAAAAAGGUGGGAUUAAUGGUAACGAAAGAAAACCACAUAAACACAGCAAAUGGUGGAGAUUACGAAGUAUUUUUGCGUUGGUUUUUAAAAGAAAAAGACAACAAGCUAAUUAUGGUAAUUAAAAGAUUAUUUAUUUUGAGUAUUAUUGAUUGAGAAUUUAUUUCUGGAGAAAAGUGUUUAAAAUAUCUGUAAUAAAAUAAAAAAUAACUGCCCUUUUAAGAUGAUAAAAAAUAAAA